UGGCUGCCGAGAGGCAGGUAACCAGUUCUCUUGUUACCUAAGAAAGAAUCUAGCUAGUCGGUAAGCUGAUGAGGUGUAUCGAUAAAUUUGGAAACUAUUACGACACAAGACGCGUGUGUACAAGUGCACAAGCAUUGCUCAGAUAGUGAUUGUAAAGGUGUUGGUUUCAUGUAUAUUAGUGCUCUAAAUAUUAAGUACAAACGUAAGUUCUCGCAGCUCGUAAGGUCUGAUCUGCUCAACGUGGUUGGUCCACAGUUCCGCGGAGUUUAGAGCGCCAAGGAAGAAAGACACAGGAUGAAAUGGAGGUAUUAAACAUUUCGCUGGUUCUGUUCCCCGACAAGUAGUGUGUUCCAAUGGUAUGAUGAGUAACCAGGCAAUGCAAAGAGGCUAAUGCUCGUCCUGUAUAUUCAUCAUCUUGUGACUGGCCGCAUUAUAUGAACCAAAUGGCAAACUGAAAUGUUCUCGAAUAUCAAUGCGAAGUGCUCGUGUGUGCUUACUUAGAUGGAGCUGUGGCAUCUACGGUUUGCUGCAGCAGGUUGUGAUUUGAGAUACGCAUGGCUACCACUGGAUUGUAUGCAUCACACCAACGCAUGAGAGAAUGACUACUUAAGCUUGGAGAGAUACCCACUGCAGAGAAUAAGGGGGGCUGAAUAGGCUAUGAAAGGAGGAAUAACGCUGUGCAGUGGAAUCGUGGUGAUUCAAUUGCCAGGGCUAGGGAGAAUGUUGUCCAGUGCAGUCGUAGCAGCAGCCAAGAAUAACAAGUGUAAAUUAACCAUAUGGCGGCUGAAUAGACUAAGUCAUGGACCAGUAAAAGAAUAACACCAUUAGAAUAAUACGGCACAAUGUAGUUUUAGUGAAAAGGGCCUGGCCAUCGCGCUCAGGAAUGUCCCGAGACUCGGUCACUGCUAAUACUAGAAUCUGGAGUGCAUGUCACACACCGAUCAAGCCUCCGCCUCACAACACAACGCGAGUAAUCAUUCACUUAUGACAGCGUCAUUCAGCAAAAUACAUGGAUUCAUUACAACUGGCAAAAACACAAAAUUCUGUGAGCAGGGUAAGGUUGAGAGCGUGACUGAGUCGGAGGCAGCCUGGGCAGAGCGCCCGCUCUUGCUGGUGCACCUGUCUCACCCUCUCGCUGAUUCUGUGAGUCUGGUUCCUGAUACUGAUUCUGCUCAUUUAAUUACGUUUAUUGCGUUGAUUUGGCAUGCUGGCCAUGAACUUCCUGAUCGGCACUGCUCUUGUGUGGGUCGUGUGUCUGUUGUGAUAAGUUUUUUUUGUGGGUGCGAGGCGAGAAAUAGAGACAGAGGGCAGGGGUAGAGAGGGAGAGAGAGAGAGAGAGAGAGAGAGAGAGAGAGCUAAAAAUCGAGAGAGGGCGAGUUUCGAAAUCACUGCUGGGGAAUUGACUUCGCUCGCCAAGUGGGGGUAAUUGAUGGCCGAAUGGUUUGCAGAAGUGGAGGCAGCGACGGGGGUGCGCAUGCCCUGGAACGUCUGGCCCAAUACCAAGAUCGAGGCGGCGAAGUGUACCGUGCCAUUUGCAGCCGUCGUGACACCAUUGCAUCAUGGAGAGGGGGCGAGUGACGCCGCUCCGCCAGUGAAUUUGCUGCCCUAUCCUCCGCUGCGAUGCAGGACAUGCCAAGCUGUGCUAAAUCCUUUCUGCCGAGUUGAUUUUGACGCCAAGAUGUGGAUCUGCCUCUUCUGCUAUCAGCGCUGCUAUUUUCCCCAGCACUACGCCUCCAUCUCGCUCACUAAUCAACCCGGUGAGCUCUAUCCGCAAUGCGCCAGCGUCGAGUACAAGUUGACCGGGGGGCGCGGAUUGCCGCCCGUGUUUCUCUUUCUCUUGGAUACGUGCUUGAUUGAGGAGGAGUUGGGCUACUUGAAGGCGUCGCUCUCCCAGGCGCUCACGCUGGUGCCAGAGAAUUCUCUGGUAGGGCUUAUCACAUUUGGAGCGCAGGUAUAUGUGCACGAGCUAGGGUUUUCGGAAUGCCCCAAGUCCUACGUGUUUCGUGGCGCCAAGGAUGUGACCAAGGAGCAAAUCCUCGAGCAGCUUGGACUUACCAAUCGGGCAGCAGGAGGGUUGCAAAGGGUGCCUCCACUGCCUGCGGGGAUGAUCGUCGGAGUAGGCCAGGGCAUCUCGGCUUCGAGUGUCAACAGAUUUUUGCUUCCGGCGUCUGACUGCGAAUUCACGUUGAAUACCCUGUUGGAUGACCUCCAGAAGGAUUCGUGGCCAUUUCGCUCGGACGAAAGGGCUGUUCGGUGCACGGGGACUGCGCUGACAGUGGCAGCAGGCCUUCUCGGCGCGUGUAUUCCGGGGACUGGAGCUCGAAUUAUGGCCUUUGUUGGAGGACCCUGCACUGUGGGAUCUGGAAUUAUUGUCUCCAAAGAGCUUUCCGAUCCCAUUCGAUCGCAUGAGGAUAUUGACAUGGACACUGUGCCAUUUUACCACAAGGCCGUCAAAUUCUAUGAAGGGUUGGCGAAGCAGCUGGUAGUGCAAGGACACGUCCUAGAUCUUUUCGCAUGUGCUCUUGAUCAGGUUGGGAUCGCAGAGAUGAAGGUGGCAAUUGAGAGGACAGGCGGUUUAGUUGUCUUAGCCGAAAGUUUCGGCCAUUCUAUAUUCAAAGAUUCGUUUAGACGGGUGUUCGAAUCGGGAAAUCACGCACUUCAGUUGUCAUUCAAUGGGAUCUUUGAAGUCAGUUGCUCCAAGGAGAUUAAGGUUCAGGGAGUUAUUGGCCCUUGCUCAUCAUUUGAGAAGAAAGGUGUAUCUUGUUCGGACACUGUGAUUGGUCAAGGGAGCACUACAGCUUGGAAAUUGUGCGGCUUGGAUCGGAGUACAACGUUGACUGUAUUUUAUGAUAUCAACCCAACGACACAAUCUGGGCCCACAACAGCAGUUGGCCAGCAAUUUUUCCUUCAGUUUCUAACUAUUUAUCAGCACCCUGAAGGAGACAUGAGAAUUCUUUGCACAACUGUUUGUAGGAAAUGGGUUGAAGCGGGUACGACAGGUGGGCUGGAGGAACUAGUUGGCAGCUUUGAUCAAGAAGCUGCCGCUGUGGUCAUGGCACGUCUAGCUUCUAACAAAAUGGAAAUGGAAGAUGGGUUUGAUGCGACGCGGUGGCUUGACCGAUCGCUUAUUCGCUUAGCUUCGAGGUUUGGAGAUUACAGAAAAGAUGACCCACAUUCCUUCAAUUUUGGCCCCACCAUUGCGAUAUUCCCACAGUUUAUGUUUAAUUUGCGACGGUCUCAAUUUGUACAAGUUUUCAACAACAGCCCCGAUGAAACGGCUUAUUUUCGGAUGGUGUUGUGUCGCGAAACUGUAACGAACUCUUUAGUCAUGAUCCAGCCAUCUGUCUUAUCUUACUCAUUCAAUUCACCUCCAGAACCGGCACUGCUGGAUGUAUCAUCCAUUGCUGCCGACCGAAUCCUGCUGUUGGACGCAUACUUCAGUGUAGUUUUCCAUGGGAUGACUAUAGCGCAAUGGAGAAAUGCAGGCUAUCACAGGCAUCCAGAACAUGCGGCGUUUGCUCAGCUGCUUCAAGCGCCACAUGACGAUGCACAAGCCAUUAUCCACGAGCGGUUCCCUGUGCCAAGGUUAGUGGUGUGUGACCAACAUGGGUCACAAGCUCGUUUCUUACUUGCGAAAUUGAAUCCUUCAGCUACAUAUAAUUCAGCCAAUGGGCCGCCCCCUGGAGGCGACAUUAUUUUCACUGAUGAUGUCAGUUUGCAAGUGUUCAUGGAGCACUUGAAAAGGCUGGCUGUACAAAACUAGCACCUAGACUCCAUUCUUCAUCCUCCAUAAACUAGGUAAGUAGUGGUGGCCUCAACUUGGUCAAUAUAGUGCGGCCCAUGUAUCUUAUUAUUUUAGGGGUUACAUCAGUGUAAGUUGCUCUCCUCAACUGUGAACAGGUUGAUUAUAGUACUUGUGUUGCGUUAUGCUGCAAAUGAGUGACGUGUGCAGGCAGCUUUCAGUUCACCCACAUGUAUUUUUUUUACGUGGUCUUGGGCGUUAAGAAAAAGGUGAAAGAGUGUAGGAAAUAGGCGAUUAAAUAUCGCUUCGGAUGUGGUAAUCUUCAAUGGUAGAUUGUAAGCAGUGUAGUCGGCACUUGAGGAGCAAGUAGGACAGGUAUUUUACCAGCAUGUUCAUGUCUUUAUGCUAAUUUAUUCCACAAAGCUAUGAGCUCUGCAUUAGUACUCGACUCCA